AUGAGUCCUUUGGAGAGCCAGAUGGAAGCAGCAGAAAUGCGAGAGAUCGCAUUAUACGAAGAGGUGGAGCUGGGACUGCGGAGGAAGGAGAUGGUGAGGAAGAUGUUUUACUCCUAUGUCUCAGAGGAUGAGGAAGUCGAGGAGAGAGAGGCCAUCUAUAGGAAAGAACUGGACCUGGCCAUUCAGAGGACGAAGCUGCUGAGGGAGGCUUUUCUGGCCAAGAGCCCGACAGAGAAGAGGUUCAUCAUGCACCAAGUGAUCGCCCACAAGAUCAUGAACAAAGUUUACUCUCCAUGUCGUGCAGAAGAGCGGAAUAGGAUUCCUUUCAGAGGAUUGGUGCGGGAAGAGAAGGAAGGAGAUCAGAAAGAAAACCUACUCAAACGCUUCCUGAAUUUUUUCCAUUGGGACAAAACAUAUGGAAGCCAGAAGACCGAAGAAGUAAAUGUCCUCCAGCAGGAUUUGGAGAAAGUAACCCGGCAGAAGGUGACAGAGGAAAAGGAGAAAAAGAAAAUUGAAGAAAAGAAGCCGGAGAAGGAAAAGGAAAUGAAGAUGGAAAAGAAAAAGAGAAUAAACAUCUUCAAUAAAAAGAAGGAAAUGACACUGGAGGAACAAGUGGCAGACAAUAGAAUGAAAAGGGAAAAAAAGAGAAAGAAAAAUCGAAAGGCGAGAGUGAAGGCAGAGAGACUACGGAGGGAACAACAGAUGGAAAUGCUUCAAUACAUAGAUGACCCCGAGGAGAGGAGGAGAAUCAUGCAGCGUGCGUACAUUUCAGAAGGUCAUGAACAAAGUUUCCUCUCCAUGUCCUGAAAAAGAGCGGAAAAGGAUUCCUUCCAGAGGAUUGGAGCAAGAAAGAGAAGGAAGGAGAGGCAGAAAGAAGGGCAAUUAGACUACUCAAGCGCUUGGCUGAAUUUAUUCGUUGGGACAAAAACAUCUGGAAGCCUGAGGACCGAAGAAGUAAAUGUCCUUCCAACAGGAUUUGGAGAAAGGAACCGGCAGAAGGAUCAAUGACAGAUGGAAGCCGGAAAAUUGAAAAUCAUGGAGGAAAGGAACUUCGGAGUAGGAAAAUUAAGAUAGGAAAUUGAAUAAAAGAAGCCGGAGAAGGAAAAGGAAUUGAAGAUGGAUGAAAGAAACUUUUCGGAUUAAGGAAAAGAAAUGGAAAUGGAAAAUUCCAAGAAGCCUGAUCAAGAAACCGGAUGGAUUAGAAAAUAGAAGGAAAAGAAAUUGACGAUGGAAAAAAAUUGAGAAAAGAAACAGAAGGAAAAAUCUGGAAUUUAAAAAGAAGGAAAAAGAAUUGACGAUGGAACUGGAGGAACAAGUGAUCUGCAGAAAAAGGAAGGACAAGGAACAAGUGGCAGACAGGAAAAAUAAUGGCAGAAAAAAGAAAUAAAAAACGAGAGGCGAGAGUGAAGGACUUAGACAACAGAGGGGAACAACUGAUGGCACAGCUUCAUAUACACGGAUGACCCGAGGAGAGGAGGAGAAUCAUGCAGCGUGUCUGCGUUCACAAGGUCAUACGCAAAGUUUCCUCUUCAUGUUCUGACAAAAGAGCGGAAAAGGAUUCCUUCCAGAGGAUUGGUGCGGGAAGAGAAGGAAGGAGACCAGAAAGAAAGCCUACUCAAAUGCUCUCUGAAUUCAUUACAUCAGGACAAAACAUCUGGAAGCAGGAAGACCGAAGAAGUAAGUGUCCUCCAACGGGAUUUGGAGAAAGGAACCCCGGCAGAAGGUGACAGAGGAAAAGGAGAAAAAGAAAAUUGAAGAAAAGAAGCCGGAGAAAAAGGAAAAGGAAAUG